GUGCAGAGAUUUGAACACACUGCACUUUUCUAGAAGGUUUACCCAGUCGUUCGGGAGUUCAGAAACGAGCCCACGAGUGAAUAGGAGCACCUUUGUUUGUGCCGUGUGUGUUGGUCACACUUAAGUAGUGUGUGUUUGUACUGGACUCUGUGUAUGUUUGGUGGUCAGAUGCAGCGGAUGGGGUUUGGGAAGGGUGGUGUUCAAUCAUCUCCAUUCUGCAGCUGUGUGUCUGUGUUUAUAUACAAAUAUUUAAACCCACUCACAUCCUUUCCCACCGAGCCGAGUUCUCGAGGCAUCUCACGGUCCUGCAGUGUUAUUUCAUUUUUAUAAUCAACUGCGAUCAAUACACACAAUCCCUCAUUUUUUGCAUUUUUAAUUGUUUUUAUCAAACAACUGUUUUUUUUUCCUAUUAAAAACACAUCAUUAAAGACUCCCUUUAAAUGGGCGUGUUUGUAUAGUUGACAAAUGGCAUGUCAAUGGCCCUCUUUUUAGGUUAAAAUUUAUACUUUUAUAAUGUCUAUAUAAAUAUUUAUACACAUUUUUAAUGUAAUUUUAUAUUUUGUGUAAUUCAUGAUAUACAUUAAUUGCAAAACAAGGUUCCAAUUCUAUAAAUAUCUAUUUAUCUUCAGUAAGACAGCGUUGCUCUGUCACUUCUUGGCUACUGUUGAAACCACAGAAUAUAAAUAUAGUUUUCAUAUUGCCAUCGCCAUACAAACUCAUUUCUAGUUUGUGCAAAGGCUGGAUCACAUCUGAGAAAAUCUUUAUGCCAAACCACAUGAUAAUUGUCAGCAAUUUGUGAGGUAUGUGUAGAAGAUGAGACUGUUUGAUAGGGUAGAUGGAGAUUGAGGUGAGAAGGGUUUAGGGAAGAGAGGGCGGAGGAUCCAGUCGUUGGAAACACUCCCUCUGCGUAAGCGUGUAUCUUGGAGGGAAGGAGGUCACCCGUGUUCAGAUUAUGCCUUCAACGCAAGCAGCACACAGGCUAAGAAUACCACAGCUCACUGAGAUCUCGCAACUUCACAAUUCAGAACAACAUUUUGGGACGGUAACACUAUUCUGUUGAACAAAUAAUUUUCUUACUCAAAAUUUAGAAUUUUGGAUUUUUCAGGAGUCUUGGAUAUUUCCACCCAUUGGAUGAAACAUUUUAAUCUCAAUAUUAAUGGAUUACUGCAAGGGAGUUUUGUAACUUCUUGUUUUUCAUUUAAACAUCAGCUUGGAGUUGUGACUCUCAUCUUCUCACAAGGAGCAGAAGCAGGUGUUGUGUUUGAUCCAGAAACCUUUGAAGAAGAAAGAACAAACCUUUGAAACCUGAUGUUUGUGAGGCCCAGUGCUUUUAUUUACUCUAGCUAAAGACUUCAAUUUCACAUUGUGCUUAGUCCGUCCAAUUCAUAGUCCGUCCAGGAUUUGAGCUUCUAGGAAGACCUGUUUGUUUUCUCGUCCAGUUUCUUGGAUAUUGUUUGUCGUCCAUCUCUGUAAGCACACUGUAGGUUAUUAGAGAAGCCCUGUGGUUUGGUAAAUAAAGUGACAGCAUGAGGAAUGACUGUCAAAAGGCGAUAAACUGAGUGGCUUGUGGCAGUAAACAUUGCACUCUCCCAAAUAACGAUGACUGCUGUGGAAUCUGAGUGGCUUAGACGUCUGAGUGUUGUUCAGAGUUGAACUUCAAGACAGUAGUCAGACCAUUUCAGAGAAGACCGACGUCGGGUAAACACCCAGAGGUUUUGGAGAGACAAAUACGAUCUUUAUAGACCACUGCAAUGGAGCAGAGCUCUUCUGCCACACCGAUGGACAAACAAGAGAGUGUGGUUCAGUUUGUGUCCUCACACAGCAGCAGAGGGAGAAAGGAGAGCUGUGGCAGCCGAACCCGAGGCCGGCAGCGACUGUUUCCUCUGCCUGUCCUCCUCCCUUUCUGCAUGCUGCUGUGUGUUUGGGCUCAGGUGGAAGGAGUGCUUCAUUCCAGCUUCCGCAGGCUCAGUGGUCGUGAAAAGAAGGAGAUGCAGAAGGAGAUUUUAUCCAUUCUGGGACUACCCGGCCGGCCCAGACCUCACCCGCCGCUGCGGCCCCCUUCCUCCGCCCCGCUCUUCAUGCUGGACCUUUACCAUGCCGUGUCAUCUGAGGCCGAUGAUGGACUGGGUUUGGGCUUCACUCCAGAAGUGGUCAGUCAUGCGGCGCUGCCCACUUUAAGCACACACACGCCGCCCCUCGGCACAGUGGUUAGCGAGGCCGACACGGUUAUGAGCUUUGUCAACCUGGUGGAGCAGGAGAAGGAUCUGCUGCAGCCUCGGCCGUACUGGAAGGAGUUCCGCUUCGAUCUCACUCCGCUUCCUCAGGGAGAGACAGUCACCGCUGCGGAGUUUCGCAUCUAUAAAACUCUUACUGUGGGUUGGCGUACAAACCGCACCCUCCAUAUCUCUGUCUAUGAAAUCCAGAGGGAGAAAAAACACAGGGAGCCUGAGCUGGUGUUGUUGGACAUGCAGUCUGUGCCGGCGGGGCAAGAGGGUUGGCUGGCAUUUGAUGUGACUUCUGCGAGCAAUCGCUGGCUUCUCCACCCUCGGAGCAACUUGGGCAUUCGCCUUUAUGUGGAAACUGAGGAGGACCGGUCGUUGUCAGCCGCAUGGGUGGGUCUGGUGGGUCGGCGUGGGCCGCGCUCUAAACAGCCUUUUAUGGUGACGUUCUUCAGAGCCAGUCAAGCCCCUUGCCGCCCACCCCGUGCUCUGAGACACAACAAUCCACGCAAGAAAAAGCCCAAGUACGACCUACCACACCCAAACAGACCCGGCAUAUUUGACCAAAAUCAUGCCAGCAGCGGACGGCAGGCCUGUAAGAAACAUGAACUCUAUGUCAGCUUCAGCGAUCUUGGCUGGAAGGACUGGGUUUUGGCCCCUACAGGUUAUUCUGCAUAUUAUUGUGAUGGGGAAUGUGAUUAUCCUCUGGGCUCUUGUAUGAAUGCCACAAACCACGCCAUGAUCCAGCUGCUGGUUCAUCUUCUAAGACCAAAUGAAGUACCCAAAGCCUGCUGCGCUCCAACCAAACUCAGUCCCAUCUCUGUGCUCUUCUAUGACGACAACAACAAUGUUAUUCUCAAGAAACAUCGAAACAUGGUGGUCAAGAAUUGUGGCUGUCUAUAACCUAUUGUACAUUCAAGCUUUAAAUCUGAAACAUAUGUAGAUCUAUUAUAAUACUCAGAGGCACCAUUUGUAAUAUACAGUGAUUCAAAAUGUAUUUAGCCAAAUUUGAGCGUUCUUACCUGUGCCAAAUGAUUGACAAAUGAUAGUUACUGAAGUGUCAUGAUGGUUUAUCAGCAUCAUUUUCACAAUUUUAUUGUGAGUGGAUUUAAGUUUGGAAUCCAUCCUAUAAUAAUAAUAAUAAUAAAAUACAUAUUUUGUAUAGCUUUCUUACAUUUAAAUUGUCCAGGUUUGUAUAAUUGUGGAAUGUGGAAAUCAGCAGGGUGCUUUGACGCUCACAUCACUUUUUCUUGCAUGUAAAACUGGUAAAAUGCUUUUAAAAUAACUUGUACCACCCACACCCAAGUGAAGAAAAGAGACAGAAAUUCAGUCUGAGUAGGCUGCACACAUGGAUCAUUUUUAUUUUAUUUAUUUAUUUAUUUAUUUUUGCAGUCAGUAGUUUGGUGCUAAUUUAAAUGGCCAGUCCUUAAGCAUUUCAUUUAACCCUUUCCUCUCUGGUGUAUUGAUUUCAAAAACAAGUUCGGAACAUGAAUCUUGAGUGUUUUGGCCUUUGGAAUAUUUUUACAAAACAAAGGUAAUUAAAAGUACAGAUAUGCCUAAACACGCUCUCCCGCCUUGGCCCGUGCGGGUUAAGAGGUUAUAAAGCUUCACACGUUAAAGAAAUAAUUCACCCAAAAAUGAAAUUUCUGGCAUAAAUUACUCACCCUCAUGUUUUUCCAGACCUGUAUGUUUUUUGUGUUUUGUUUUUUUUCUCCAGUUGAGUAC